UUUGGUUUUAUGUGCAGAAUAUUUCCCUCAUCUGUGAUCAGUCCUCAGCAACACCUCAACUAAAAUAUCCUGCCUCUCAAUGUUAUGGCUUUGGGGUUUGUGCUUCUCUUGUCCCUCCUGCUCCUGUCCCCACACCCGUCUCUGGGUGUGUCUUCUCCCUGUCCUGCUGGCUGCCGCUGCUACAGCCUCACAGUGGAGUGUGGCUCCACCGACCUGAGGGAUAUCCCCAGACUCAUUCCUCCUUCCACUCAGACCAUCUUCCUCCAGGACAAUGUGAUCAGUCAGAUUCGCCGAGUGGACCUCACACUGCUGAAGCACCUUCAUUAUCUGUAUCUGCAGAACAACACCAUUUCAGGUGUGGAGCCUGGCUCUUUUCGGGACCAGAGUCAGCUGUUGGAGCUCGCCCUGAAUGGAAACCGGAUCCACUUGCUCACACCGAACAUGCUUCAGGGGCUUGAACAGCUCCGCAUACUGUACCUGUCAGGAAAUGAUAUCACACGCCUGCUGGACUACACCUUCCAGGAUUUACAGGUAAAACAUAUCAGAACACACUGAAGCUUUCAUGAAGCUACAAUUAAAUGAAUAAAUUUGCACAUCCUGUAUUUCUCAGACGGUGAACAAAGAUAUGAAACCAAAGAGAUUAGAUUUGAGAAGUUGUAUGUAUGCACUCUAUUAAGACAGUCAGUGAGAAAC